AAAAUUAUCAGUCUACUUUAAGCCUUCGAACUGAACACAUUCAUACUCGUGCCUUAAUGUGAUAAACAUUAUCGGAAGUAAACAAAAAAUAAUAAUAAUAAUGUAUAACAAAAUUCCUGACAGUAUCGUUACGAUUUCAUUCAUUCCGACUGGACUUUGUCUGGGGCACUUAUUUUUUCUCCCGUGGAUACAUCGAACACUUUAUGACGAGUUUCACGUAUGGCCAUAUUUUACACUCCUUUUUGCCAUCGUCACAACCGCAUCAAUUAUAUCCAUCAUAAAAUUGAGCAAUGGCAAAUAUAUUUUUGAACAUUUCAUUUACUUAUCUGCUGCCAGUGUCCUCUUCAUCAUCAGCGGUGUUCUUUUUAUUGUAUUCAAUAUUGAAAACACUGAAAUCGGACUAUUCAUGACUGUCGUCGCAAGUGGAAUAACAAUAAUCGCAGGACUGUCAUACGUAAACAUUCGAACAAUUAAACAUGAGCGUCCUAUGAGAAUAGCCAUAUGUCACAUGUGGAAGUUGUUUGGUUUUUCAGGAACAUUUACAAUUUAUUUACUCUUAUUUUAUAACCUUGAUGAGACAUCAAAUGUUGAUGAGAAGCUGACAGAAUUUUAUCAAAUUUAUGGCUACUCAAUAAUUGGAUCAACAGCAAUAUUCCUAUUAUUUUUGAUGGUCAAUGAAUUUCUACAACGUCAAGGUCUUCUAUAUAAUUAUCGUGACUGUUUGGAUAAUGACAAUAAUAUUGCUAAUAACUACUGUAAAUUAUUCUCAAAGAAUGAAGUCACAAUUGAGAGGAACACGACAAUGACAACAGCUGGUAUGUGGAAAUCAGCUGAGAAUCUUAAUUCUGGUACCAAAAGAAACAGCUACUUUAAUGCUUUAUGGACGAUUUACGUGCUGCUUGGAAAGCUUCAUGGUGCCAUACUUUUCAACUACUUCCUUAUGAUUUAUUCCAUGAAUUCAGCGUUUGCAAGCUUCACAAAAGUUGAUUAUGUCCAUGGAAUGGGAUUGUGGCUGAUGAUUGCUGAAGCAUUCAUUGGAUGUCUUUUUAUGAGAUUCGUGCAUAGUGUCAAAGUUUAUGUUGGCACAUCAAUUGUUGCUGUAAUUGCCAUAGGUGUGUCAAUAAUAUUUUACGGCGAACUUCCACCAACGGGUGUUGCAAUAUGUUUAUGGAUAUUUUAUGCUGCAAUGGCUUUAUCUAUUUUUGUACCUGACAUUGUGUUGCUUGAAAUGUCAAAGAUACGAUACAACGAAAUUAUUCUUGCAGCCGGAUAUUUUAUAGAAAUUAUAACAAUAGCUUCACUUCAGCAGUGGCAUUUUGAUGCACACAUACAGACAAACUUAUUGACAUACACUGACGACUAUUUCAUUCCAUUUGUGAUUGCAUCAAUUGUUGUUUUAGUUGUAACAAGCAUAAUAUACAUUCUUCAUGUGCCAAAUACUUACGGCAAGUCCUUACUUCAAAUUCAGAAUGAAUUGUUAAAGCACCAAAGUUAUUUUGCAUUUAUAGCAAAUGAAAAGCAAGAGCAAGUGAUAAUUGAGAGGAGGGAAGAGAGCAAUAAUCAUAGUCAAGUGACUGACAUUCAUGAAAGUUCCGUUGAGCCUAGAAGUCGAUUACAAAGUAACACACAUUCAAGUAUAUAUGCAGAAUUGCAGUCAACUGAUCAACUUCCAGUUGUCAACCAAGCAACAUUAUUCGAUCCUUAUUCAGAGAUUACAAAACCACCGACAAUUAUUCCUAGAGCAACACUUGUUAAGGCACAUCCAAAUUAUGAGAAUAUUGGAGGUUAUUAAUUUUUUUUAAAAUUUGAUUCUCAAUCAACUAUCGCCAAAUCGUCCAUAGACAGUCAGGAAAUUUAUCUGUGGAUUUAACAAAUAUUAAGAAAUAGUGCAAAAAGGAUUAGUCCUGAAAAGGUCACUGGGUCAGAUUUCUCGGAUAUACCGUAAGUCUUAUUUACAAUGCUUGAGUAGCACUUAUUUAGGGUAUAUCAGAGAAAUCAACCUGGUUUCUUGUAAAAAAUGUAAAAUAUCAAAAACUUCAUGAACCAAAAAGCUAAGUUUAAUUAUUAUAGCCAAUAAAAGUCUUUAUUUUUCACCUCUAUAAUUUUGGAUGCUUAAAGUUGUUUACACAAAUUUUUAAGAUUAAGAGUGUUCUA